GGACCCGGCCGCGCCGCCCGCCAAUCACGGGCCGCCCAGCGCCGGGCGCGGCCUCACGGCCUCGGCGGGAGGCGGGGAUUGCGGAAAAGGGCAGCCAAUAGGAGCGAGGGAUCCCCGCCUCCUGCGCGGUGAUGGACGGCCCCGUUCGGACCAAUCGGGGGGCACGGUCAUGGCGAAGACAGCCGGCUUGGUCCUCCCCGGCUGGAGGCCGAGGCUGCGUGCGGCGCCGGGGCUUGGCGGUGAGGGGGCCGCGCGGGGCCGCGUGCUGCGGUCGCAGAAGUACCAGAACGUGUUUGCCUUCAAGAACGACAGACAUGAUAAGAGCGUUCAGACCAAGAAAAUUAAUGCAAAGCUUCAUGAGGGAGUGUGUCAGCGGUGUAAAGAAGUUCUUGAAUGGCGUGUGAAAUACAGCAAAUACAAACCACUGUCGAAACCUAAAAAAUGUGUUAAGUGUUUACAAAAGACAGUGAAAGAUUCUUAUCACAUUAUAUGUAGACAAUGCGCCUGUGAACUUGAAGUUUGUGCAAAAUGUGGAAAGAAAGAAGAUAUUAUUAUUCCGUUUAACAAAGAACUUGAGAAGUCAGAAAACAUUGAUGGUUCCGACUGUAGAGGAACUUGCAGACCUGAGGAGAGUGAUGGUGAUUUAGACUUUGAUCUUGACUUGGAUGACACAGAAGAUGAACAAGGCAGUGGAGGAGUAGAACGUCAUUAAAAGCAGAAUUACAGAGAAAGAAGGAGAAACACAGAGAAGUUUUCUGUCUGGUGGUUCAGUGCACAGAUGGCUGCAUGUGCAGGGGCUGUGCCGUGUGCAAGCUUAGGGCCUGCGGCUCCUAGUGGAGGUGCCCAAAACUUGGACCACCUUCUGCUGCUUUCCUAGGC